UUGAUAAACAUUAGGCUAACAAGUCACGAGCAAUAAUCAUAUGGACGUGGACCGUGGUUACCACGUGAGCACUCUUCCAUCCACAGCCUCACGGUCACACACGCGCAAACAAGUAACAACGAAACCCAAUCACACAGUCAAAAGCACAAAUGGCAGCAGCUAACGCUCUGCAAAUAAGCCCAUUCUCUUCUCCAAUACCCAACACAAACUCUCCUCCCUUCCUCAUACCCCUGUGCACCUCUCUCAGAGAGCUCAAGCAAAUCCAAGCCCUUACCAUCAAAACCCACCUCCAGAAUGACACCGCUGUCCUCUCCAAGCUCAUCAGUUUCUGUACCGUCAAUCCCAGUGGGACCUCCAUGGAGCACGCCCAACACCUGUUCGAUCAAAUUCCCCAACCUGACAUCUUGGUCUUCAACUACAUGGCCCGCGGCUACGCCCGCUCCCAUACCCCUCUUCGAGCCAUUGUUCUUUUUGCUGAUAUUUUAUGCUCUGGCCUCGCCCCUGAUGACUAUACCUUCCCGUCCCUCCUCAAGGCAUGCGCACGCACUAAGGCGUUGCAAGAAGGUAAACAAUUGCAUUGCCUUGCUAUCAAACUUGGGCUCAACCAAAAUGUAUACGUAUGUCCUACUCUGAUAAAUAUGUAUACCGAGUGCAAUGAUGUGGAUGCAGCUCGCCGUGUCUUUGAUAAGAUAGCAGAGCCGUGUGUUGUUACUUAUAAUGCAAUAAUCACGGGUUAUGCUCGAAGUAGUCGGCCCAAUGAGGCAUUGUCAUUGUUCCGAGAAUUGCAAGCAAGUAAUCUCAAGCCUACUGAUGUAACUAUGCUUAGUGUUCUUUCAUCUUGUGCUUUGUUAGGAGCAUUAGACUUGGGGAGGUGGAUACAUGAGUAUGUUAAGAAGAAUGGUUUUGAUAAAUAUGUAAAGGUAAACACUGCACUUAUAGAUAUGUAUGCAAAGUGUGGAAGCCUGGGUGAUGCAGUGUCUGUCUUUGAGAACAUGUCUGUUAGAGAUACACAGGCUUGGUCAGCAAUAAUUGUGGCAUACGCAACUCAUGGGCAUGGUUCAAAAUCCAUAUUUAUGUUUGAAGAAAUGAAGAAGGCGAGAGUGCAACCUGAUGAGAUUACAUUUUUGGGUCUUUUAUAUGCUUGCAGCCAUACUGGCUUAGUAGAGGAAGGUUGUGGGUAUUUCUACAGUAUGAUUGACAAGUAUGGGAUCAUUCCUGGGAACAAGCACUAUGGAUGUAUGGUGGAUUUGCUAGGUCGAGCUGGGCGCUUAGAUGAGGCCUAUAAGUUCAUAGAUGGAUUGCCAAUCAAGCCCACUCCCAUACUUUGGCGAACCUUGUUAUCUGCUUGUAGCAGCCAUGGCAAUGUAGAAUUAGCGAAGCAGGUGAUUGAACGAAUUUUUGAACUGGAUGACUCUCAUGGUGGCGACUACGUGAUCUUAUCAAACUUGUGCGCAAGGGCUGGGAGAUGGGAAGAUGUGAAUUAUUUGAGGAAAUGGAUGAAAGAUAAAGGGGUGGCAAAGGUGCCUGGGUGUAGCUCAGUGGAGGUGAACAAUGUAGUGCAUGAAUUCUUCGCUGGGGAGGGGGUGCAAUAUGUAUCUACAGAUUUGCUCCGAGCACUUGAUGAGUUAGUCAAGGAAUUGAAGUUGGUUGGGUACAUUCCCGAUACUUCUUUAGUCUUUCAUGCAGACAUGGAAGAUAAAGACAAAGAAAUUACUCUAAGAUAUCACAGUGAGAAAUUGGCUAUUACUUUUGGGCUCCUAAACACUCCCCCUGGUAUAACAAUUCGAGUGGUGAAGAACCUACGAGUAUGUGGGGAUUGCCAUUCUGCCGCAAAACUUAUAUCAUUGAUUUUUGACAGGCAGAUAAUUCUUAGAGAUGUCCAACGAUUCCAUCAUUUCAAGGAUGGGAAGUGCUCUUGUGGGGAUUACUGGUAGUAGAAUUUGUUGAAUAAAAAGUCGUGUUUCUUGUAACAGAGAGACCUACUUGCCAUCGUCACGACAUUCUCUGUCAGACUGUCGCAGUUAGUGGAAGGAGUUCUAGUUGAAUUACAGUUGCAUCUAGCAUCUCCACUUAUUAUGACAUUAUUAGUGAUGCUUAUGUGAUGAGAGCUGUUAGGAGCAAACAAGAUCAGUUCCAUGUUUGGGCUUGUAGAUAUCGGCUUGGGAUCAUCAUUGGUGUAUUUCGGCUACAGAAGUGUAAAGUUACUGACAUCAAGCUGGUAUGGAUCAUUAACUUAAUUUCUGGGUUAAUAUAAUUCAUUACUCAUUGUUGAUUAUGACUUUGACAAAUGUAUAUUUUCAAAUUAGAAAUAUAUGAUUGUACGUAUUGAGAAAA